UCUCUUGUUUCUAACUCUAAUCCGGGAUUUGAUAUUCGUCCAAAGAACGAAAAAAUAAGCACUAUAGCAAACUUUCGGCCCUCCAUUUCUUCCUCGUUUUCAUUGCUUUUUAAACUUCCCAAAAACCACCUCCCCCGGUGCCCCCAUCCUUCAGUUCCCACCACCGGACCAGAUGACACAUUCUUCCUGAAACUCUCCCUCAAAUUCCCCUUCAUUUCUCCGGUGGCAGCUUCAGAUUUUUCGUAUUGCUGGACUUGGUGGAAUUGAUAAAUCCGUGUUUCCCCGUGUUCUUUUACUGUUACUUUUUUUUAUUAGAUAUGUCUAUGAGAUCUUUCUGUUCUUCAUAAGAUGAGGAGGGUCCUGCCAAAGACAGCUUCUAUAUAAUGUAUAGCGAUUCAGUAUCAUUUGAUUGUUUUUACCUUUACGAAGUUCAGGUGUGAUAUUAUUUUCUUGCCCCCCUCUGCUAUCGUCCUUGGAUUUGUUUUACUGAUCUUUUGUUAAAAACAUGAUAUUACACCUAGAUAUUCUUGUUUAUCCCAUCUUCAAUUUUUUUAUCCACAUGAUAACAAACUUGAAACGUUGAUAGCGAAAUUUGGGGUUUGAAUGCCUCUUCAUCUGUACUUGAGUUGCUUUAUUACUGGAAGGUUUGAAUUGCAUUCAUAUUUUAAAGAUUCAGGAAGAUAAACAUAAUUAUAUUGAUUAUGUUUUUGAGGAAUAAGUGAAAAUGUCCUUGCAUUAAGUUCAUUCUCUUUGGCUUGGUUUGUCAAACAGCCACUCGGCCCACACGAUUGUUGUUUUUAAUAGUUUACUGCUUAGCCAUUGGGAUAUAGCGUAAUGGUAUCAGCAGACUUAUAGCAUGGUUGAGCCCAUUUCCAUGAUGUAUUCUGUGGUUCAGUUUUGGUUUUCAGUUUAUGUUUUCUACUAGCAUGCAUUAUCAUGAAAAGAUACUUCUCUAUGCUUACAGAAGCAUGAAGAACUUUAGAAAAUGUUAGGAACAAUUAUGAUUCUUUUAGGUUAGCCAUUUAAGAAAAUCUUGUUGAACUUCAAAUAUCUUGUUGUAAUCUUGAUUUGCCUCUGCAAAAGAAGUUUUAGGGGCUAUUUGGCCCACGGAAAGGAAAGUAAAGAAAAGGAAAAAAAUUCUCCCUCGUUUUCCCUUCAUAUUCCUUCUCUCUUAUUUCCUAACUCAUCUCAACCCCCUAUAUUCCUUCUCUUUCUUCACACUUAACCCUUCUCAUUCCUUCUUCCUCUUCUCUUUCCUUUUCUCCUUUUCACCCUAUCUCUUCUUCAUCCGGCCACCUCCAUUCCCUCUCCAUUUUCUUUACUGUUUGUUAGUUGUAUCUCUCCAUUUUUUUUCUGUUUUCCUCACUUAUUUCUUCACAGAGUCCCCUUUGGCCGUCGAUCCACUAUGAAUCUCAAAUCCUAAACCCUUUUGGCCGCCAAUCUCCUUCAUCUUAACCCCCUUCGGCCACGAACUUUCACUAUCCACCAUUCAAGGGUACAUAUUCCAUCAUUUAUCUUCCUCCUUUUUUUAGUACCAUUUCGAUACUGAUUUCUCUUCUCUUUUGGUCUCCACCUUCCACCAUUGGUAUGACUUUCGUCGAAUGGCCCCAUUUCAAAAAUGUUUGGGACCUCCGUACCCUUCAUGUGGGUUGGUUUUUGGUUGACCGACUAUUUUGGUUCCAUUCAUGGCUUGUCUUCUAAACUUGCCGCUUGGAUCUAUUACUCAUCUUCCGUCUUCCCCUUGCCGCUCGGGUCACGCCAUUGCCGCUUCGAUUCCCCUCUUACGAUGAGUAACAGAUACUACUUCGGUUGUGGCCUCUGUGGUUCCAAGCAAGGUAGGGAUUGAGGUAACGAUUUCUUCCUUCUUUCUAAAUGCCGAUGAUGAGGAAAUGGAAAUUGAUUCAUGUUUGAUUUCGGAUUCGUUGUUACUUCUGUCUUAUUAAUGUGUCUGUUAACCGAUUGUUCCAUUUUUUUAAACUUAGUUUGAAAAAAAAAAUGCGCAUGUUGAAUGAAACUUCCUUUAGAUGUGUUGUUGAACUUCUCGGUGCUCUGUCAUAGACAAAUAGCUGUGUUUUUUUUUCAUUUAGUUGCAUAUGUUUCCUUCAUUCGACCUGUUGAAGUACGACGAGUUUCUGUUACCAUAUUUUUUCAUCUGUUGAAGGAGGUUGAACUUCUCAACUUGUUGUAUUUUCUGUUUGUGUGCAUUAUAUAUAUACAUCCCAUGUUUAAUUUUUUGUUGUUAAAGACCAAUCUCAUGUCCUGUACUAUGCUUUGAUGGUCACAUAUGCCUACUGUUUUCUUCUUCUUGCUCUCUGACCUAUUUUGUCUCUCUUUGACCAUAAUACUGAUUCAUUUGUGUUGUCUACUCCAUUUAUGACAUUAACAAUAGCUGUACUUAUUUGGUAUGGUCUUUAAUGGAGCAUUGACUUGUGAUUUUUACUCCUCCAUACACACCUUGUGUGUAGUUGGCAUGUGCGGUAUCGUGUUUUCCCUUUUGCAUAUUCAUGUCACAACAUUUGAUCGCCGUGCUACAUUCCACUUCUUAACUUGUGUUUGACUUUGUGUGCGUGUCAUGCCUUUCAUAUCACCGCAUUUGAUGACAUUUUGUACGUGACGAUUAUUUCACAUACGUAUGAAGUUUGAUUUUCUGAUAUUGAACGAACUUCCUUCCUCUAAGGCACAAAAAAAGAAGAAAAACUUUCGGUAUAUAUUUUUGUUUAUAUUUUUUGGGUGCAUGUAACUUUAACAGUUUGUUAUUUGUCAUACCUACAUAAUGGUAGGUCUAAAGUCAAAGGUAUACGUCCACGUCCUUUUCCAUAUUUUGGUUUAUAGCUUCUUACCAUUCCCUUCACCGUUAGCAGGUUCUCCCUUCAUAGUAGCUAAAAAUUGGAUCCAAACGAAAUCGUCGUCGUUGUCUUUUCCUUCGCAAUCACCCAACGACAGAUGCUAAUGAUAUUGGAGGCACUGUUGAAUGACGACAAGAGGAUAACUCAAAUACUAGCCGACACUAGAAAUAGGAUUAGGCACCUAGCGUACUUUCGAAUAUAAUGAUACACGCGUCUGACCUUGUGUGUCAGCAAAGUACGUGGAUGGACAGACGAUGUUUCACAAUUUUGUGUCAUCUACUACGAACAAGGGCCGGUUUAGAAUUGACGGAAGUCGUCGACGUUGAGGAGAUGGUCGCUAUCUUCCUUCAUGUGCUGGCGCACGAUGUGAAGAACCGCCAGAUUCAAAGGAAGUUCGUACGGUCCGAUGAGACAGUCUCACGACAUUUCAACAUUGUCUUGAUGGUCAUGCUUCGUCUGCAUGACGAGUUAUUGGCUCAACCACAGCCUAUGACGAGCACAUGCACAAAUGUGAGGUGGCGGUCUUUUGAGAAUUUCCUAGGGGCAUUAGACGGCACAUACAUCAAAGUUAACGUGUCCGCAGCUGAUUGACCAAGGUAUCAAACCCCAAAGGGCGAAGUGGCAACGAAUGUCCUUGGUGUUUGUGAUACAAAGGGGGACUUUGUUUUCGUCUUAGUCGGCUAGGAAGGAUUCGUUGCGGACUCGCAUAUCCUACGAAAUGCAAUUUCCCGACUUAAUGAUCUGAAGGUUCCAAAAGGGUUUUACUACUUGUGUGACGUGGGAUACCCAAAGGCAGAGGGUUUUCUGGCGCCAUAUACAGGGCAAAAAUAUCAUCUAUAAGAGUGACGUGGUGUCGGGAAUGCUCCAACAACACCGAAGGAGUUCUUCAACAUGAAACAUUCUUCUGCACCAAAUGUCAUUGAAAGAGCAUUCGGGUUGUUGAAGGGUCGAUGGGCAAUACUACGAGGAAAUUCCCACUACUUGGUUCAAGUCUAAUGUCGAACUAUUAUGGCUUGUCUCCUCCAUAAUUUAAUAAAUCAGGAGAUGGCGAACGCUAACAUAUUGGAUGACAAAGACGAGGGUGACUCAACACAUGCAACUUCUAGUGGUGACGAAAUCAACUACAUUGAGGUCUCAAACAAAUGGACUCAAUGGAGGGAUGUCCUUGCAGAGUUGAUGUUCAACGAAUGACAGUUGUGUAACGACGAGUUGUUGUACGUCUUUGGGAAAAACCCUGCGACAAGGGCCCAUGCAGAGACGUUUGCGGACAUUGGGUCUAACGUGCCAGGACCCAACGUCGGUGUCUCCACGAAGGAUGGUCUCGAGACGGAGUUCCCAGCUAUGUGCAGUUCGAGGAUGAACCUCUUGUCGGACGACAUGAUGAUCGGACGAUCUGAUAGGUCCAGCGACUGUAGGUUGGGUUUUAGCGGUCAAAAAAGAAAGUGCGACAUGCAGACGCUCAAGACUUACGACCAUAUUUGGGAUGCUAUGGACACUGCGAAUGAUCAACUUAGGGCCAUUGCAGAAAGGCCAAAUAGAGGUAGCCAGAAAGAAGACACAAUGAUGCAGGAGGUCAUGAUGCAUAUGUAGUCUAUUCCGGACCUUAGUAUGGAGGACAUCGGUAAAUGCGUGAUGAUAGUGACGGAGAAGGUGUCGCUAAUGAAAAACUUCAUCAGGAUGCCCGAUCCGAUGAAGGUCGCAUACUGUAGGGUCCUCCUUCGCUAUAACCCAUGACUAUGGUGUUUUAUUUCCUUCACAAGAUAAUUUUUUAUCUUCAUCGGAUUCAUGUUUUUGUUUUCCUAAUUUGCAUUACCCGUUUAUACGUUGUAAUGGACAUUAACUAUUUAUCAUAGUUUCUUUUUCAAUAUUGCAUGAUGAGUAAUCAAUUAAUUUAUGGAGAGGUCAGCAAACGUAUAGUAUUGGACGGUUGAAAAUGUCAUUGUUCUCUGAAUAGGUAAUGACAUGUGAUUUACGAUAGAAAUGUCACUUUUGUACAAAAAUUCAAUUUGUACAAAAGAACGGAAAUUGAAAUUUUCAAUUUGAACAAAAAAACAAAAAAUGGAAAAACUUGAAAAAAAAAAUUUGGGUCAUAAUUUUUCCCACAUAAUCCUUCUCCAAACAAAGAUUAGAAAAAAUCCUACUUAAUUUUGCCCCAAAUAAGGUUUAUAAUAAUUCUUUCCUUUUCAUAAUCUUCCUUUUCUUUAUUCCUUUCCCCCAUAUUUCUUUCCUUCCCCGAAACACCCCGUUAGAUGUUUUAAGGGGAAGUAUGUCCCUCUGGAAAUUAGUUUAUAGCCAAAUACCUUUACCUGGUUUAUUAGGUAAUGUAUUCUUUUUAAGGUAAAAAUGUAACAGGAAAGGGAUAUUAGCGGAAGUGGGAGCACCCCACAUACCUAAGAAACGGAGACACACAAUAUGCAUGCUCACACAAGUUAAGGAAGCACGGCAGCCUUCUAGCAAAUCAGCAGGUGAGUUGAAAACAUCAGACAAAUACUCUAGAAAGUGCCGUAAGUUGGCAUGGAAGGCAAUGGUGAUCAGACGAUGCUGAAGCCAUCAGUUAUUUUAACUGGAACAGCCAAGGAAGGUAGUUCUGGCCCUCCUAUUGGUCUUGUUGAUAUUGGCGUGAGUGAAGGUGCAUACCUCUUUCGUGUUGCAUUGCCUGGCGUGCGAAAAGAUCGAAGUAAGGUAAAAUUUGAGAUCAAAAGCGAUGGUAAGGUUCAGAUCGAAGGAGUGAUGUCAGGUCCAGGUUUCUUAAAAGAAUCAUCAGCUAUGUACCAGAUGAAAGUCCAGCAACUUUGUCCACCAGGACCUUUUACGGUUUCUUUUAAGCUGCCUGGUCCGGUUGAUCCACGGUUGUCUUCGCCUAGUUUCCGGCCUGAUGGCAUUUUGGAAGUGGUGGUUAUGAAGUCCAGAGCACAACCUACAGUGGCUGAUUCCCAACCACCACUGGGAGUAUAAUGAAAAGGUAACCGAGCACUGGCAUUACCCAAACACUAAAAAAUGAUGGCCAUGGAAUUUUUUUCAUUGGAAUAGGGUUUUUGUAUUUUUCUAUGUUAAAUUUUAUUUGUGUUUAACCUGGGACAUUAAAUUCCAUGAACUUUCCUCCCUUAACUUAUCAAAGUUUCCCAUAAUGGCUUUGUACUUGAGAAUUGAAAAUGAUUGGACUAAUUUGGGCACUAAUUGCAAAUUAAAUACGAUUGAGAAAAGUGAUAGUUCACUUAGAUAAAAAGUGAUAUUCGAGA